AUGACCUUUAUUGCGGUGCUUGUUCUGGCGAUUGCUCUGCCGUUGACAAGAGCGCAAGACUCCACAACCUUCUCUGAAGAUGUUGGGCAAAAUUAUGUUUCUCCGCCAGUCUAUCCAUCACCUCUUGCCGCUGAUGGCCCAGAUGGCUCUUGGUCAGCUGCUUAUGCUGCAGCUGCAGACUUUGUCUCUAAACUUACGCUAGUUGAAAAAGUCAAUAUUACUACUGGAACCGGCUGGACUCAAGGCCCUUGUGUUGGGCAGACAGGUUCUGUUCCCCGCCUUGGAUUCCCUGGACUAUGUCUACAAGAUGCACCUCUUGGAGUACGUUUUGCCGACUAUGUCACUGCUUUCCCUGCACUCUCCCAGGUCGCCAAGACCUGGGACAGAUCUCUUUUCCGGGCUCAUGCAGUCGCCAUGGGUGAAGAAUUCAAGGGCAAAGGUGCCAAUGUUCAAUUGGGACCAGUUUGUGGACCUCUCGGCACAUUUGCUGAGGGUGGCCGUAACUGGGAAGGCUAUGCAGUAGAUUCUUACCUUUGUGGUCAAGGCAUGUACGAAGGAGUCAAGGGUAUUCAAAGUACAGGCGUCACAGCAUGCGCAAAACAUUUCCUUGGCAAUGAGCAGGAACACUUCCGUCAAGCACCAGAGAGCAAUGGAUUCAAGACUCAUAAAAUCAAUGUCACCCAAUCUCUAUCUGCCAACAUGGACGACCGAGUCACGCACGAGCUUUACCUAUCACCAUUCGCCGAUGCUGUCCGUGCCGGUGUCGGAUCCAUCAUGUGCUCGUAUCAGCAGAUCAACAACAGUUACGCAUGUCAAAACUCAAAACUGAUCAACGGCUUGCUCAAGGAUGAACUAGCAUUUGCGGGUUUUGUCGUGUCUGACUGGGGAGCAGUUCACAGUGGCGUUGCAACUUACUUGGCCGGCACAGAUAUGUUGAUGCCUGGAGACGGGAACAGCUUCUCAGACGGCUUGAGUUGGUUUGGACCCAACUUGACUAUUUCUGUCUUGAAUGGUACGCUUCCAGAGACACGUCUGAAUGACAUGGCCAUUCGCAUUAUGGCAACCUACUUCCAGCACAAUCAGAACAGCACAUCUUAUCCUAAGCCCAACUUUGAUUCCUUCAACAAUGAUCGGGUCGGCUACGUGUACGAAGGUGCGGCUCAGACUGUCCUCAACGAACGUGUUGAUGUGCGCGGCAAUCAUGCAAAGAUUGCUCGACAGGUUGCAACAGAGUCCAUCAUUUUGCUGAAGAAUGAGCGGGGCGCAUUGCCAUUGAAGAAUAUCAAAUCGCUUGCCAUCGCUGGAAUGGAUGCGGGACCAGAUGCCUACGGACCAAACGGUUGGAAUGAUCGCGGCGGACUGAAUGGGACACUGGCCAUGGGUUGGGGUUCAGGGUCAUGCCAAUUCCCUUAUUUGAUCACACCGCUUGAGGCCAUUUCUGCUCGUGCUCGUCAGGAAGGCUCACUCGUCCAGGAUGUGCUUGACAAUUACGCUUACGACAAAAUCAAUCAGACUGUCAAGUAUGCAAACGCUGCGUUGGUGUUCAUCAAUUCUGAUUCCGGUGAGGGCUACAUUUCCGUUGAUGGCAACGAGGGUGAUCGCAACAACUUGACUGCUUGGCACGGAGGCGACAAGCUGGUGCGGACUGUCGCUGCCAAUUGCAACAACACCAUUGUCAUUGUUCACUCCGUGGGAGCCAUCAUCAUGGAGCCUUGGAUCAAUCACGAGAAUGUCACGGCCGUCGUCUUUGCCGGCUUGCCUGGUCAGGAAUCUGGCAACUCCCUCACAUCGGUGCUCUACGGCGACUCGAAUCCUUCCGGAAAAUUGACCUUUACAGUUGCCAAAAAGGCGUCAGACUACACAACCGACGACGGUCCUCUGCUUUACGAGCCCAAUGGCCCAGUUCCUCAGCAAAAGUUCUCGACUUUGAAUAUCGACUAUAAGCACUUUGAUGCCAAGAAGAUCGAGCCACGAUUCCACUUUGGCUACGGGCUAUCGUACACCACCUUCUCCAUCACUGGCGGCCAGGGAGUUCGUGUCUCAAGUGCUCCCUACGCGCCACGCUCGUCAUUCAAACAGGGAGCUCCACCAGCGCUCAGGAUUCCGACCGGCAACCUCAACGCGCAAGACGCCGUGUACCCUGCGGACUUUGUGCGGCCCAACAAGUUACACAUUUACCCAUGGAUCACUUCUGCAGAGCUGGCUAAACCUGGAGCUUCUUACCCGUACCCAGCCCAGAAUGCCACACCGCCAAGUCCUGCUGGUGGCGGCCAAGGUGGUAACCCAUCUUUGUGGGAUGUUCUCUACCGUGUCACUGCCACAGUCACGAACACUGGCAGUAUCGCUGGUGCAGAAGUCGCUCAGCUGUACGUCGCAUUCCCAAGCUCAAAGGAAUUCCCAUCGCCACCUCGACAACUUCGAGGCUUCAGCAAAGUAUACUUGCAGCCUGGUCAAGCUGCCCAGGUCACUUUCGAUGUGACGCGCAAAGAGAUCAGUGUCUGGAACACCGUAACGCAAAAUUGGCAGCUUGUUAGUGGAACAUAUCAAUUCUUGGUUGGAGACAGCUCGCGAAGCUACAGUUUGGCCUCAGAGUCUCAGUUUGCAUGA